GUUCUGCUCUUUCAGGACACAGACGUCUGCAGGAGUUGCAUUGUAGUGUGCAGCUCUUCACUUGUUUCUGCUCACCUUGAGAAGCUGUGCCUCAACAUGCCUUCCACUCGUUCUAUGAAGUCUGCGGCCCAGCCCCCAUCCAGCAGGAUGAGUCUGAGGAGCUUCCGGAGCGUUUCCAUGUCGUCCUGCUCCUCCUCUUCUGCCUCCGCCUCCGAUGAUAGUUGUGACAGCUUCGGAUCCGAUGGAGGUUUCGCAAGCACGAGGUCCAACCUGAGACCAGCGAAGAGGAUGACCCCCCCAAAGGUGUUCAAGUCCCCCACCGAGGAGGCUUGCAGCGCCUUCGAGACCGCCAUCAGCACCAGUAUGGGAGCCAUGAAGGUCCGGUCGGAACCGCGGAGAGCGGCUCGCAAGGCCACGCCCCUCAAGGUUGCCAUGGUGUUCCCGGCCCGGAAGACCGCCCCCAAGAGAGCGGCCCCGGAGCCUCCGACCGGCGGGGAGGGGGAGAACUUCCUUGACAAACGGGCCAUCAACAUCAAGGAGAACAAGGAGAUGCUCGCCAAGCUCAUGGCGGAGAUAAACAAAGUGCCCGGUCUGUUUCCCCGGAGAAUGGCCAUGUCCCUCCCGUCAACGCCCCGGCGUGCGCACAAAGCCCCGGGGGUCCGCGGGAGACAGCAGGUUUCGUCCCGGCCCCAGACCCGCUCCAGGGCCCGGGGGGAUGGGCCCUCGCCCCCCACCCCCGAGAACAACAACGAGGAGGAGGACGAAGAGGAGCAGGACCAGCUCAGUCUGGUGCGCCGCAGCCGCUACUACGAGCGGGCCCCGGCGCGGCGGUCGCUGUACUCGGGGUCGCUGACGACCGCCCACGUGGUGCGGCCGGUGGAGGACGUCACGGAGACGGAGCUGAACCGCAUCUGCACCAACGUGAAGGAGAAGGUCUACAACAGCUCCACCGGAACCACAUGCCACCAGUGUCGUCAGAAGACGACCGACACCAAGACCUGCUGUCGUAACCCAGAGUGUGUGGGGGUGAGGGGGCAGUUCUGCGGCCCCUGUUUGAGGAACCGCUACGGGGAGGAGGUGCGGGCGGCGCUGCUGGACUCGGAGUGGCAGUGCCCGCCCUGCCGAGGGAUCUGCAACUGCAGCUUCUGCCGGGCGAGGGAUGGCCGCUGUGCCACCGGCGUGCUGGUGUACCUGGCCCAGUUCCACGGCUUCGACAACGCCCACGCCUACCUGAAGAGCCUGAAGAAGAAGCUGGAGGAGGACUCUGAGUAGACCCCUGGGUGUCCUGCUCCCUGCGUGGCUGACAUGUCCUCAACCCAGUGGUUAUCCCUUCAAGGCAGUACUCAGGACAACACGCUUAUGUUGCGCGUUAAUGCAGUUUCAAGUGCCGCGUGUGGGUCUGCUUGUUCGUUCCUUGAAUGUUGUAUAUUUUGUUCCCUUGUGUUCUGUUGAACACAAGCUUUUUUGGAGAGAGGUAUUAUUCCUCGAGCUUUGUUGGCAAAGUUUUUUUGCCAAAGUUCCCAGAUUGCAGUAGCCAAGCUGAUUUGUGUCCUUGCUUUUUUUUAGUCGCUACUGUAAACUGCCCCUACGCACUAAUUUCAUUACUCGAGAAUUCCAAAUAGCUGGCAUCGUAUCCCGUUCAGUGUCGGCCGUUGUUGUUCCCCCUGAGAUCAGUUCAUUUCUUUACAUUGUUUUAAAUGUAACACAUUGGACACAGGCGAGUUGGCCUCCAUUCAAAUGCCCCGUAUGCCUUUUCUUUUUUAUAAACAGGAAGUGUCAUUAUACUGUGUCUCGUUCUUUCCCCCUUGUCCGUGGAGUUGAACAGCUUGUAUCUCCUCUCGCCCUGAGAUCAAACCCGCUCAAUGUCAAAUAGUCCUUGUUGGGGGGCCGUGGUUCCGGCGAUGCCAGUGAACUAGAGAAGGACAUACGCACUUGGCUCCGUCGCCGACUGUGAUAUACUGUGGUACCUAGUUAAAUAUCCUUCAUUAGAUAACUGUCACUAAUGGUGUGGAAACAAUUAGCAGAGUCUAAUGGGGAUCCCAUACCUGUAAAUCAUUUUGUCCUAUUAAAGAACAUUCCCGCUCA